AUGCUCCCCCAGAUUCGCCCCCUGCACGCCCGCCCGGCCGUCGGCGCCGUACACCGGCACGCAUCCCCUGCGCCGCCCUCCCUCGGGCUUGGGCAGCAUGGCCGGGUCGCCGUGGGGAGGACGGCGACGUCGAAGACGCCCUUGGUCUGCCGCUCCGUCGCCAGCCCAGCGGCGAGCGAGGGGGCGGCGGCGAUGCAGAGACCCUGGAAGCUCAGCGACGCUCGCCUCGUCCUCGAGGAUGGCUCCGUCUGGAAUGCCAAAUCCUUCGGCGCUUCCGGGACGCAGGUCGGCGAGGUGGUGUUCAAUACCUCUAUGACAGGGUACCAGGAGAUUUUAACCGACCCUAGCUAUGCUGGUCAGUUCGUUUUGAUGACCUGCCCUCAUAUCGGAAACACCGGUGUUAACCUUGAUGACGAGGAAUCCGGAAAAUGUUUCCUUGGUGGCUUAAUCAUACGGAACCUAAGCAUAAGUACUUCCAACUGGAGGUCCAUAGAAACACUUGAUGAAUAUUUGAGGAAGAGGAACAUUAUGGGCAUAUAUGAUGUGGACACGCGUGCAAUAACACGCCGGUUAAGGGAAGAUGGUAGUCUGAUUGGUGUCCUAAGUACUGACCAGUCUCUCAAAGAUGGAGAACUGUUGGAAAUGGCAAAAAAUUGGAAAAUUGUUGGUGUUGAUUUGAUAAGUGAGGUUUCAUGCGAUGCUCCAUACGAAUGGUUAGACAAGACUGGUUCAGGAUGGGAGUUCAACGACAAGCAGUCAAGUGAAACUUUUCAUGUUGUUGCAUAUGAUUUUGGAGUCAAGCACAACAUUUUGAGACGCCUGGCAUCAUAUGGAUGCAAAAUAACCGUUGUUCCAGCAAGCUGGCCUGCUUCGGAGGUACUUAAUUUGAAGCCUGAUGGAGUCCUUUUUAGCAAUGGCCCUGGUGACCCAUCUGCAGUUCCAUAUGCUGUGAAAACUGUACAAGAAAUAGUAGGGAAGGUCCCAGUAUUUGGCAUCUGCAUGGGUCAUCAAUUGAUUGGGCAGGCUCUUGGUGGGAAAACAUUUAAAAUGAAAUUUGGUCAUCAUGGAGGAAACCACCCUGUUCGUGAUAACAGAACUGGACGUGUGGACAUCAGUGCACAGAAUCAUAACUAUGCUGUUGACCCUGAAUCACUCCCGGAAGGAGUACAAGUAACACACAUCAAUCUAAAUGACCAGAGCUGUGCUGGUCUUGUGUUCCCCAAGAUGAAGCUUAUGUCUCUUCAGUACCAUCCGGAGUCAUCCCCUGGGCCACAUGACUCAGACUUGGCGUUUGGUGAGUUUGUGGAGCUGAUGAAGAGCAACAGAUUGUGAGAAGCCAGGUUGGGAUGCCUUGUGUGCAUCAUGAGGUGGAACUUGUUGUCGGCCGGCUUCUCGUUGGACCGAAGUAGUAUGCUCCGAGGAGGAAUUGUAUUUUUCUUGUUCAUUUUUCUUAUCAGCUGACCAAACCUAUAAAGUUACUAGUGGUAUGUACUAUUUGUUGGAGAUUGAAGAAUAAAAUCUUUUGAGCUGUUGUAUUAAUCGAGCUGUAAAACAACUACGUCGUGGAUAUGAAAUCCGCCUCCUAUUUCUA